AUGGAGACCUGUGCCCUGAACCCACCGCUAAAGCGCGUCCGAAGCAAGAGCUGGCUGGGCUUUGACCAGGUGGCUGUGGAGCCAGACUGGCGCAAGAAGGUGUGCCUGCUGCCUUUGGAGGAGGCCGCAGUUACCUUGCCGCAGCCUGCGCCCUACUUGGCUGAGGAGCUGCUGGAGCGUGAGCCCACAUCGCCGAGCAGGCAAGUCUACCUUGUGACCUUGCCCGCCCUCCGCCGCUUGGAUGAGGCUGACGAGAAGCCAGGCUUGCGCUGCCCAAGUGAGUGGGAGCAUGAGAACGUGGCAAGGGUCCUCAUGGAUGCCUUCCAGAACCCUGCGCUUGCGCAACACAGUGCAAGCUGGGGCUUGGCGGCGCAGCUACAUUGCUUUGUCAUCUUCCGAGAGCGGCAUGCGCCACGCCAGGGAGAAGAGACGGGGCCAUUUCAUUGGCGCAUCGCCCUCAGGGCCACCAGCAACUUCCGCUUCGCCUCAAUCAAGCGUGCGCUGUAUGCGCGGCAUGGCCUUGCUAGCCACUGGAGCUGCAGCCACACGGGGUACUGGUCUGCGGUCAGGUAUGGGUGCAUGCCUUCACCAUCUAAGCCACUUGAGGAGCUGGACAGCAAGCCGUACACCUGGGCUCGACACCACAAGCCUCUUUUUGAGGUCUGCCAGGAGCCAUCCACAGCAGCAGCCUUGAAUAGGCGUAGAGAGACGAAGGUGAAGCUGGCUGAGGAGCUCGGGAAGCCUGAGCCUAGGCCCACGGAGAUGGACCUCUACCCAAUCAUAGUCAAGAACGGCUUCCGCAACUCAGCAGAUGACCACACGGCUGCAGAGAAGCUCAUCCAGUGGCUGAAAGCAUACGGAUCACCUGCCCUGGUGACCUUUGCCUUCAAGAACCGUCAGAAGCUUGCAGCCAUCAUCGAUGACGUGUGGUCCUGGGAGACGGUGGAUGACUUUCUCCACGUCAAUGCCCAGACGCGUUUGCAGCUCAUGCUGCAAGCACGUGCGUGUCCCUGCUGCUGCAACGGCGUGUGGAGGCACGUGGCCUGGCAGACGCUACUUCGUAACCAGGUGGACAUCAAGACUCUAUGCUCUCAUGUCCUGCGCAGCUUGGAAGUGGGUAGACGCGAAGAUGUGCCACUGGUCGUGUUGAUGGGCCGCUUCGGCGGGGAAGGAAAGUCGUUCUUCCUGGCCCCGCUGCGCCAGGUUGUGGGCAUGGACAAUAUCCAGGCCACUCCGCAGCCGGGGUCCUUCCUACUGCUGGGGCUCGAGCGUCGCAAAGUUGUGCUGCUUGACGAGUGGACGUUCGACACUUCCGUGGUCCCUCUUGCCACGCAGCUCCUGUGGUACGAGGGGAAGAGCUUCCCCAUCACCCGGCCUCAGAACAAAGACUGCAGUGGCCACCUCCUCUGCAGCGGGACCGCCCCCAUCUUCGCGACAUGCAAGGAGAAGGAGCUGGCGCCCAUCAUGCAGAAGGCCCAGGAGGCCAUGCAGCUGGGCCAGCCCAGUGAAUGGAGCAUGCUCCUUCGUCGCUUGAAGAUCUUUACUUCUCCGUCCCAUUCCAGGCGGCUGGGACAAGGCGGGCACGCCAAGGCCCAUCCGCAAAUCGAUGGGUCCGUCCUGGAUCCUGCUGUGCUGGGCUGUGAGGGCUUGGUCUACGUGGGGAGAGACGUGGACACGGGAAAGGAGUACGCAGUGAAAGUGAUGCAGCUCCACAAGAAGCACCUUUUUGACAGAUUCUCUCGGGAGGUGUGA